CACAAAUCCAUCUCAUCAAAGAAAAUAACAAGACAACUGUUAGAGUCCAGCGAUUGACAGUUCUGAGAGGGCUAUUUUAGUUGAGACGUCUUUUCCAAACAUAAGAUUCCAAGUGUCAUCUCACAGUUCUCACCUUCUGCAACUGCCACAGGACCCCCAUCAUCCAGGCCAAAGUUGUCGUCGACACUUCUUAGCUCCUCAUAGACUGUCGGACCCAGAUCCUGCAAUCAUGUCGGCGAAAGCACCCAGAAACACACGCAAAGCCACACCAGAAGAUCAAGUUCGUUUCUUGAUCGUGUGUUGCAGGCAUUCAUUCGGGGGAAGAGUCGAUCAUGCUGCUGUGGCAAGAGAGUGUGGAAUCACUAGCAAGGGAGCAUCGGCCAAGCGUUACGAAAGACUCUUGAAAGCGUUCGGCACACCUGAAGGACUAGGCCUGGAGAACACCGCAAACGACGCUGACGAUGAUGAUGACGAAGUUCCACUGGCAUCAGCUUGGUACAAGAGAAAGGCGACAGAUGAUGCUCCUGAGGCAAGGUCAGCCAAAAAGCAAACCAGGAACGUACACCUCGGGGAUAGACCGAAGGCGAGCCCUCCAAACAUCGCCAAACCUGAAAUCGCCAGAUUGGGAUUCCCGAAGAGUCAAACUCCUAAGGUCGAGCGAGGAUCAUGGGACACGUUGCGCAUACCGACGGGCCGGGGUCCUCCCAUCGAUCCGCGAGCGAUGCGGCGUUGGUCGCCGGUCCAUGUUCCUCCUGAUUCAACUCCUCCUCCUGUUCGCUUUUCUGCCGCGCCAGGUCCCCCGAAUCAACGAGCAAUGCACAUGCCGGCCCCGACUCCGUCUGUUCGCUCUUCUGCUGCACCUGGUCCCAUGAAUCGGCAACCGAUGCACAUGACGGUCCAGGUGCCUCCUGCUCAAUCUGUUCCUACUCACCCUGCUGCGCCAAGCCCCAUGAAACAGCGGGCGAUGCAUAUGCCGCCGCCUCCGGCUACUCCUGCUCCUGCUGGGGUCCUGCCACCUCUUCCUGUCCCUGGUUACUGGGGAGCAUUGGCGGCCGAGUACUAUAGGAUGUCAAAAUUGCCAGAGAUGCAUGGUUAUUUCCCACCUGACAGCGCUGUGGUCGGGCCUGAUCUGCCCAGAGGUGUUGUCAUGGGCUAUCAAGAAGCAAGCUUGUUUGGUUGCCAUGAGGAGGCGCGCCCUCGCAGCCCAUUCGAAGAUCCAAACGCCUUCAAGCCGAUCAUUGGACAAUAUUACCCCAUUCGUGUGCAACCACUUCCUACUCUUGGAGCCGACAAGACCGUCAAAGGCGAGCCCACCAAAAGCGAGACCAAACUUCCACCUCAGCCACAGGAGGUCCAGCCAGCUCCCAUGAAGGUGAAGACCGAGGACGGUGACCUAAAAUCCGGUGUUGUGGUCGUGGAAUAGCUUCGAUUCGUCAUUUGAAUGGCCAAAUCGGCGGGCAUUGUCAGAAUCGAACUAGUGGUGGUGGGUUUGGCAACCUUUCGAUGUUUAUCAAGCGAGAAGAAAUGGAGUGGAAGCAUGUUUCGAGGACAAAAGAACCCCUAUCGAGAUCAAUGAUACAUCAAAUGCCAUGGUCCGAGAAUACCUACAGGUAGUACACCUCUUGGAUACAAUGAUGGUGGUCAGGAAGUUCCAAAAGGUCGUCUGUUAGGAAUUUGGAUGUCGUGAACAGACAACAGGAUACAGAACCAAUCAAUGCGUCCCUCUUCAUGAUGAGAAGAGAGUCUUGCAAAUCGUCGUG